AUGGCUUACCCUGGCUUUGUAUUGGCUUUUACGCACAAAUGUUUCAGUUACCAAAGUGUAAUUCUAAAAUUGCCUGGAGCACAGGAAUCUCCUAUUUCUACCUUCAAGUCACUUGUUGUUGUUGGUGUACUCGUGCGCUCUCCGUUGUCGCGAUGGGGGGAGUCGCUGCUGAUGCGGGCGUUGAGCAAGCGACGGAUGUGGGUCUUCCUCUUCCUCGUCGUCUACUCCCUCCUCCUCUCCUCCUCCUGGAACCUCCUCCUCUCCAUCCGCUCCUGGUACAACUCGGCGGCCGCCUCCACCUCCUCCCGCGCCGCCGCCGGCUGGAAGGCCCUCUACGCCUCCGUGCUCUACGGAGGGGUCUUCGGCCUGCUCUCCAUGGGGGCGGCGCUGGCCGUGGCGAUGCCGGCCACGUUGGUCACCUGGAUCACGAUCCUCGUGCUGCUUGCCUUCUUCCUCGCCUAG